AUUAAGGCAACACUAGUUUGCGUCCCAACUUCAAAUGCUCAUAGCAAUCUUUUUGUCAUAUUGCUCCUUUUUUGGUGUGAAGAGGAUAUGGCAGAAGAACUCAACAGCUCUUUAGAGUAUACAUCAACAUGGGUUGUUGCAGUUGUUUGCUUUGUCAUUGUUCUACUAUCUCUUUGUGCGGAGCGUGCUCUUCAUAAACUCGGAAAGUACUUGAAGCAUGAGCAACAAGACGCGCUAUUUGAAGCACUACAGAAACUAAAAGAAGAAUUGAUGCUUUUAGGGUUCAUUUCCCUUCUACUAACUGUAUUUCAAGGUUCCAUAAGCCACAUAUGCAUCCCCUCUUAUCUCGCAUCUCACAUGCUUCCAUGCAAGCGGGAAACUUCUGAGGGAAACAACCAUGAACAUUACUCUCUUAAUCCAUCUCUAAACAAUCGGCGGCGGCUUUUGUCUGCAGAAACAAAUUCAGAUCAUUGUCUGAAGAAGGGGAAGGUUCCGUUGUUAUCGUUGGAAGCACUACAUCAUCUACACAUCUUCAUCUUUGUAUUGGCAGUUGUUCAUGUGAUCUUUUGUGUCACAACUAUGGUUCUUGGAGGGGCAAGAAUACGCCAAUGGAAGCACUGGGAGGAUUCUGUCAGGCAAGGUGCAGAUCCAACUAGUCGUAGAAGAGUUCGUGCACAUCAUCAUGAGUUCUUGAAAACACGUGGAGUUGGAUAUUGGAGAAAAGCGGCUGUAAUAGGUUGGGUGACGUCAUUCUUCAAACAAUUUUACGGCUCUGUCACUAAGUCGGACUACAUUGCACUGCGACAAGGGUUCAUCAAGGAGCACUGCCCUGGGAAUCCUAAUUUUGAUUUUCACACAUACAUGAUGCGGACACUUGAAAUUGACUUCAGAAAAAUUGUUGGGAUAAGCUGGUACCUAUGGCUGUUUGUUGUGCUGUUUUUGUUGCUGAAUGUGGAAGGAUGGCAUACGUAUUUUUGGUUAGCGUUUUUGCCGCUGAUUCUUCUGCUUCUUGUGGGCGCAAAGCUGGAGCACAUAAUUACCCGUUUGGCUCAGGAGGUGACAGAAGGGACAACACAGGUUGAUCAGGAAGCAGCUGCAAGAGUGAAGCCUUCAGAUAAACACUUUUGGUUUAACAACCCUCGCAUUGUCCUGAUUUUGAUCCACUUCAUAUUGUUCCAGAAUUCAUUUGAGAUUGCUUUCUUCUUCUGGAUUUGGAGCACGUAUGGAAUUCAUUCAUGCAUUAUGGAGAAGUUGGGUUACAUCAUACCAAGACUUAUUAUGGGUGUGAUUGUUCAAGUGCUUUGCAGUUACAGCACCCUACCGUUGUACGUUAUCGUCACCCAGAUGGGUACCAUGUUCAAGGAAGGAAUGUUUAAUAAAAUGGUAGAAAAAUAUAUUGGUAUGUGGGCUGGAGAUAUAAGGAGUAAACAUGGGAAAACAGACGGCGAUGGAUCUGUCUCAGAGCGGACAGAGAUGCACAAAAUGGUGAACAUAGAAUUAUCUCAAAUUGUUGAUAUUACACAACAACAAAUAGUUGCCACCCAAGAAACGGUCCCUCAUGUCCAACCGCCAUUUUCAUCGUCUCAAGCUCAACUUUCUUCAUGAUUAUCUUAUUUAUUCAUUUAAUUUCAUGUAAUGUAAUGUAAGCGUAUACUUAAAUUAAUUAUGUGCCCAGCCCAAAUAACAUAUUUCAUUGUCAUUCAAUUGUCUGCCCUCAUUCGUCCGAA